AUGGAGUUUUUCACAUUUGCCAUAUACGUAGGAUUACGUGCAUUUGGUUUUCUACUGCUUGGCCGAGUAAAUUCAAUUUAUACUCUUCCGGCCGAGCCAAAACUGAAAGUCCACAUAGGACUUCUUACAGCAGAAAUGAUUUGCUUAUUCAUCAACUUCCAUUUUAUAAUCUAUCAUAUGCACAAAUUCUCAGUUUCAAAUCGAAUCGCCGCUUAUCAUGUCCAAAUUUACCUUGUCGCGCUUAUAGAAAUACUUCAAUGCUUACGGUUACAUCAUAUUUUCAUUCUUGAUCACAGACAACUUGGAAAUUCCUACGAAAGUUGUUCAAAGAAAUUUCAUUGCGAUAUGGCAGCUGAUGUCGUUAAAAUGAUCGUUCUCUUCUUAUACAUCUUAUGUGCCGGAUCUAUCAAAUCGUUACCUAGUCUUCUUUUCUCAUUAUCAAAUUUAUUUAUUGCCAUAUUCAGUUUAACUUCACGUCUUCAAGCAAUUCGAGUCUGGCAUGGCAUACUGGAUGUAAUUAACAAGGAAUUACAAGAUGCUACCCCUGAAAAUUUACAAGUUGACUCAAUAUGUCUAAUUUGCCGUGAUUCCAUGACAAUUGGUAACGCGAAGAAGCUUCCAUGUGGUCAUGUCUAUCACCUCGAAUGCCUAGAAAAGUGGAUUUCCCAACAAAGUGUCUGCCCAAUCUGCCAUUACGACCUUACGAACUUCCUUAAAGGAAAACCAGAGGAAGAAACUCCAGGACAGACAGCCCUGAGAGUUUUAACAGAGGUUAGACAUGAUGUUUUCGAUAAAAAGAUCGAAGGAAGAAUUCCGGGCCAAGACAACGCCCUGGAAUAUUUCCAAAAUCUGGAAAUGCAUAUUAGAGAUAAUUUGUCAAGCGAUGAUGAUGAAGAUUUGACAAUUACUUCAAUGAAAUUUUCGGAUUUCGAUAAAGACCACAUUGGAGAGCCAGAAGAAGAAAAGAAUGACAAUGAUAACUUAACUCUUACAAAUAUAAUCGAAAAUCUUGAUGAUUCAAAUCAACCUCAAAAUGAAAUCGAUUUCGCAGCCAUAGAAGAGGAAGAUGUUACAGAAUUUGACUUCAACAGCUUUUUGGAUAUAGUUUCCGACCAAAAUAAUGAAAAUAAUGAUGAAAUAGAAGAAGAAAUUGUUGAACCGCCAAAACCGAAACAGAAACCUGCUAAAAAGCAUAAGGAUAGUCACCAUGUACAAGAAAAUGAAUUUUCUGGCGAAGAUGAAGAGAUUUAUCAGAAAUUUAAUUCAAAAAUUGAUGAAAUGGAAAAUAUGGUGUAUCAAAUGGAGAAUAGCUUGCAGAGUAUGAGAGAAGAACUGAAGUUAUUGUUCCAAAAACGAAAUCAAAAGAAAUAA